UCGUAAAAUUUGGCAAGGCAACACCGCUUAGCUUCCACCGGAAGUUCCAAUGGCUUAAAUACAGUAUCCGUAGGCUGUGGAGUGUUUACCUCUAUGUCCUAUGGUUGAGUUAGCGACUCCUCCAUUUUUCUCACAUGUGCUAACUGCUAGUUGCCUAGUUCGUUUAUUCUUUUAAUUUGUGUCCUUUUCUCAAUUGCGAUAAAUUAUCAAUUAGAAGUUAUAACAUUUGAAAUUAUUCUUUGCAUCAGCCAUCAGUCCCAUCAGGUUGGAUGUUACAAGGUAAAAAUAAGAUCACUGGCCAAUCCACAUUUGAAGGAUGGCAAAUUUUAAAGAUGUUAUGCCUCAGGGAGCAUCACACAAUAUGCCUGGUGUCUCGGAAAAUGGUCUUGUUUCCUCUGUCCAAAGCACUGGAGUUGACAAAGAACGCCUGUUCAAAGCUGUUAAUCUUCGAAAAAAAGGUGCUGAAGUUGACUUUGCAUUUGGGGAAAAAUUGUUUCUUGAUAGAACUACCUCAAAUCCUCUAAGAGUUGACGAACUUGGAGACAUUCCAAUUCCAGUUUCUGUUAAGGAUAUUCAAAGGCUUAAGGAAAAAUCUGAAUUAGGACUGUAUGGAAAAGGAUUAAAUAGCUUUUUCGACUCCUCAAAAAGAUUGGCCUUACAAAUUGAUGCUUCAAAACUUACCUCAACUAUUAUCGAUGAUCUCAACUUGCUGUCAAUGGUUAUGCGUCAUCUAGACCUGCCUUCUGAUAUGAUGAAUGUUCAAGCAAUUCUUCACCAGUUGAUUUUAUAUGAAUCAGAUGGUCAUUACCAGUGUACCUCAGAGCCAGAGAAAGAAUAUGGUUCGUUUGGUACUCUUAUUCUUCAGUUACCCGUGGAAGGUGGUCAUGAAGGUGGACGUUUCAAAGUGCAGUAUCGAGGAGAAGAACAAGUGUUUGACAAUCAUCAAGACAGCGAUCGAUGUUUUUACGCAUCGUCUUUUUAUGGAAAUUGUCAGCAUUCAAUGGAACCCAUAACAAAAGGAGCAAAAUUGACGUUAGUCUUUGAUCUUGUUUGGACAAAUGCCAAGAAUAUAGUUCCGCAAGAUUUCCCUGUCUUUCUUACCGCCCUGAAGGAUAUUAAAGGAUCUCUCCCAACUUGGAUUCGUAAUCGAAAAGGUGAUAACCAAAACAAGAAUCACACAAAUCACACGUUGACAAACGAGGCGGACGCAUCAUUCACUUUUGAAUCCCUUGCAGUCGUGUGGUCGUCCGAAAAUCAUUCAAACGAAAAACCCGAUUCAAAUUCUUUGCUGUUGGAAGCUGAAGAAAAUAAUUUUGAAAUUGUAACCACGGAAGGUUCUACCUCUAAAUUGUCCGAAGAUUGUGAUGAUAAUCAUCACGACCAAAUUCAACAGCAAACAACGUUGGGCGUAGCGAUUCAGGAUGGUGUAUGCACUAUGGAAGUAAAUGCUUGUGACGAAGAUCAAGACGAUUAUCAAGAGUCGGAUGAAGACGAUGAUGAAGACGAGGAUGAAGACGAGGAAGAUUCUACGGAAGAAAAUGAAGUCGAUACUUUAAAAGAAAAUGUUUUGUUUUUUGUUCUGGAAGAAAAAUAUGUCGAAGAUGACUUCACGUUUCGUCGACUCCAAGGGAAAGAUCGAGAAUUGGCGCAACUUCUUCAAUGUUGUGAUUUCCUCGACACACAUAUAGCCGUGGUUACUCGAACCGUUUCAACAACUCGUGUCGACAUGGAUGAUUCAUUUGGAUGGAAUGACGAAUAUGAAGACACGGAAAUAAAAUAUUCCACCAAAAUUUCGCGAUUGAUAGACUCAAAAGAUGUUUCAAAGAAAUUGAGCAUUGAUUUAAAUUGGAAGAAUCAGUGUGUUGGACCUCUUAGAAACUUGCCUACAUCAGACAGCCAAAUAACUGACUCGGAGGAUGAACGUGGAGGGUGUGAUGAUAGGAAUACGACCACUACUGAAGAACAUUCAUACUAUUUUAUAUUGGUUAUUUGGCCAAAGCAUUUAUCGGUUCAGAUAUAUUUUCGCUAUGGUCUUCACGUACUACUAGAUAACAUGGAAGUUAAAUGUUCUUCAAAUAGAUUGCUUACGAUAAACAAGCAGAAGGCAACUGAGAAUUUACGAACGAUCAUUUCUUUUUACUGUGCUGAACCUUGGAAGGUGUGGACCCAAACAAGAUUAGCAAAAGGUGAAUUGACUCGAAGAUUGCUUCGUCUUUGUAUUGUUUUACGAGCGCCUGAGGAAGGUCUCAGUCUCCUGAAGAUUAUUGCAUCCGAUUAUCCCUUGCCACAAGAACGAGUCAGCAGCAUGCAAGAAACUUUUGAAGGUAUCCAAACAGAACAAGUUGCUAAGGCGAUCGCUGAGUUGGAAUGUCUAGUCAUUGGUUGGAAGGAUUCCGGUGAUCUAAUUCAGAAAAUGAUUUCUCCUGAUCGAAUCGUCCAGCAGCUGGUACCGAUAAUCAGUUUAGCUCAGCACUUGUUGAACUUUCAUUGCUUAGAAGGAGCGGCAUUAGUUGGAGAUCGCAUUUCGUCCUCAUUGACAAACAUAAACAAGCAACAAGCCCAGAAGUUAAAACAAUCGGAAAUUCAAAGUUACGUUGAGUUCAUGAUUUCGUUGGAAGAAAAUGCCAAGACUGCAAAUCCCCUGAGACCCAAGUCACUUACAACUCUAUUCUCAAAACUGGAAUCCUUAAUUCAGUGCUACCUCGUUCUGGAUUUAGAAGUUCAAGUUAGUUCACGGUUGAAGAACUUGGAAUCGUGCAACUUAAUGUUCCUGGAAUUGUGCAAAGCCCUGCCUCUUUGUGAUCUUCGUCCCCCGUUGAUGAAGGAAAAUGUGAUAGUUGACUUGAUUUUCUGUUUCUUUAGAAUUGGAAACGAAGAAUUGCUUCAAACUUUGAUAUCCAACGUUUUCCACGUUCCAUCCACCCCUGGAGAAAACAAAUCUCAUUCUUCAGAGGAAGCAUUGGAAAAGGUUAUUUCAUCCCCACGAAUAUUGGAAUUGGCUUUUUCUUCUGAAAUAGGCUUAUCUGUUGUGCUAUCGCUAGUUGAUAAUCAGCUGAUUUCCCUAACGAGCCAGCGUCCGAAGAUUCUUCAAGAUAAGGCUCAUUCACCAUACCCCAAUAGAUUUCAGUACGAGAGUCUCUCAUACUGCAAAAAAUCGUACCAGCCGGACGAUUUACAACUGCUGCUUAGUUUAUUGUCCUGUCUUCGAAUUUUAAUUCGCACGGAAAAAAAUUCCUGCCACACCACUGCGCAAAGAUUGUCGUUAAUUUCAUCAUUACUGUCGAUAAUGAAUGUUCAUCAACUACUCUUCGUCCAUGAUAUUUUAAAAUCAAGCUCCAGGCAUUUGAAAAAACCCUCGUCAACCGCAACAAUUAUUCGCCAAAUUUGCGUUUUCCUGAUUUCGCGAUUGAAUGAAACCAACACUGUUGUGUUCAGCAGAAACACUAUUCUGCAGUCGAUGGAGGCUGUAAUUGAGGUGAAUGACGAGUCACUUACACGAACUUUGUUCCAGCAAUUUUACGAAAAGGAAGGAACAGGAUCUUGGAGCAAACAAAACAAAUCUAGCUUACUCCGCGAUAUUAUUUCUUCCCCUUACGUGUUGGGGAAAUUGGAUUCCACAUCAAGGCAGAUAAUCAUGGAUACUUGUGCUUCGCUUGUAAAUUCUUGGAUCGUGGAUAUUUCACUUUCUCUGAAUUCCCUCAUUGAAUCGACUGCCAUCCAAAUCAAUGCUCCACCUAAACUACUGACCGAAAGCAUAGUCGAUUGUGUUCAACUGUUCUUUCUGGGAGAGAAGAACAGAUUUGAUUUAGAACAAAAGAUCACCGCCGAAGCCUUUCAACCACUUAUCAUGAAACUAAAUGUUUCUCAACUCUUGGAUCUUGUAUUGCAGCUCUACAAAUCGGAGUCUUAUCCCCGUCCCAACAUCAAGAAAUUUCCCAUCUGCAUGGAUUGGUAUCGCAGCACAUGCAGAAUCUUGUUCACUAUGGAGUUUGUGUCGCUUGUCAACUUGGACGUAGCAACCCGCAUCGUUAAUUGCCUCUUGUGGCUUGAAGAUGAAGAGUCUUGGAAACAGUUCGCACAGAGUGUUUGCAAAAAAUUUCUUUCAUCGCGAGGCAAUCUUUUUGUGCAAAUCUUCUUGAAGGAUCUUUCUAUCCAGCGAGCACUUAAAGCUUUCGCUCCUGCUUUUGCUGCUUUCGUGCACAUCGUGGACCACUGGGAUCAACGAACCGUAAAGCUGAAGGAACCGGCAUUUAGCUGGCAGCAGUCCAAAGCCGUUGUACCGAAUAAUCCUGAAGUCCAAGCAUUUCUUCGGUCACCUGAAGAGUCUAUGACCUACAUGAAAUUUAGUGGAAUUGCCGAGGCUCGUCGUUUUGCCGACAGUCUCCAGGCCAUGGAACAGUCUAACCAUUUUAGCGUUUCAAUUACUACGUCUGGUAGUGGAAAAAAUUCUCGGUGUGACAUAAAGAAAAAUCGAAAUUACUGUGAACGCUCAAAACAAAUAAUUUUUUUUAGGAAAGCUGAAUUGAUUAAAUUGAUAAAACUUCGUAACCGCCUCGGCCAAAAAAUUGCUCAAGCGGAACAAUUGGCUGCUGCGAUUUCUUCAACACCAAUUACAACUGACGAGGUCUGUGUCGUCCCUCCACCUAAGCGUCCCAAGCUCGACAUACAUGUAAUUGAACUCGAAUGAAGACAUGUUUUGUGUUGUUUAAUUUUUUUUUAAAUAAGAACUCUUGCUUGAUUUCAUCAGCCAUUUAGUUAUAACUCAGAAUGUAUUUUUGUUUGAAUAAAAACAUCAUACGUUGUCUUUUCUUA